AUGGAUGACACAGUACUUCGUCGUCUGGCCUGUGCACUGAUCCCUAAUCCACGAAUCAGUUUUGUUCAACACAUACUUCGGCCGCAUGCGGAUUUGUACGGACCAUUUUGGAUCGCGACCACACUCAUUCUUGCCGCAGCUAUCGGAGGCAAUGUGUCGAGUUACAUGCAGUCGCGCGGUCAAGUCACCACGUGGAAAUAUGACUUUCGCAAAGUAACAUUGGCCUCAACAAUUAUCUACAUAUAUUGGUGGUUAAUCCCGCUGGGUUUGACCGCAUUCGCAUAUAUGCGUUCGAAACGUGCCCGGGAAGCCAAUGAGAACGAGGAUCGAAAUAGUUUGCUUGACAACGAACGAUCUCUGUCUGUUCCUACGCACAAAUUUGUCGAUCUGCUCUCUGUGUACGGCUACUCAUUCGCUGUAUUCGUUCCCAUUUCGAUUCUUUGGGCCAUUCCCAGUAACAUAUUUCAGUGGCUGUUGGUGGCGAUCGGUAUGGCCGUGUCCAGCGCGUUUCUCGCGUUUGCCCUGUUUCCGCUGUUCCGGAAGGAGCAUAAUCGAGCCCCCAAACGAUUCACUUCUAUCAGCUCCCAGACUAUCGACUAUCGGCCGUUCUCACGAAACCAUGGGAUUCUCAUGACUAUGGGCCUUAAUUCAAUUCUUGAAACAGCCCUAUCCUUGUGCGAGGAUAGCGGUAUCGAUUUACUGCCAGAUGGCGGACUGUCUGAUCUAGAGUAUGCAGACGACGUGCUACUAAGUGAAGAUCCACGUAAGAUGCAAGCUUUUCUGGAUAGUUUGAGUGCUAAUGUAAUCAUGUUCGGUAUGCGUUUCGCACCUUCA